AUUAGGGCUUCUUCUUCGUUUUUCUCCCUCGAGUAGCAGCAGCAGCCUUUGGAUAUUCGGCGGAAUCGAAAAUGGUCAAGGGACGCCAAGGAGAACGAGUCAGACUCUACGUGAGGGGAACCAUCCUCGGAUACAAAAGGUCGAAGUCCAACCAGUAUCCAAACACGUCCCUCGUCCAGAUCGAAGGAGUUAACACUCAGGAGGAGGUAAACUGGUACAAGGGAAAGAGGAUGGCUUACAUCUACAAGGCUAAGACAAAGAAGAACGGUAGCCACUACCGCUGUAUCUGGGGAAAGGUUACCAGGCCUCACGGUAACAGCGGUGUUGUCCGUGCCAAAUUCACAUCCAACCUUCCUCCCAAGUCCAUGGGAAGCAGAGUGAGAGUCUUCAUGUAUCCGAGUAACAUAUGAAGCAAUGCAAAAAUGGCUUAAACUUAUAAUUUAGCCGCCUUGGUUUUGUUCACUAGUUUGUUAUUUUGUAUUUUGAUAUUGAAAGCAUUUCCUUUCUUUGUUUGAAGUGUUUGGAGAUUCUCUAAAUUGACUUUGAUCAUGGAUCCGGUUUUUCAUCCCAAAUUAGACUCCCUUUUCCCCUUUUAUAACGAAUUAAAACAGACGAAUGGUAACAUAUUUUCUCAAAUCACUAUUACAACUUUAU